ACUGAAUCCGCCAUCUUGAAUAAGRCCCCAAAGGACUACUGGGAAGUGUUUUUAAUACAAUAUCGCUGUACAAUUGGACCGCUCACUCAUCUUUUACUUUUCUUCGCUUGCAUUUAUCUUAUUACGAAAACAACAUGACAUUUUAUCUGAAAUUAAAAGGUAAAACGAACGUGAAAACGAAACAGGCCUAGUUUAUUGCCUCGCUGGUUGUUCGUUUGAUAUGUCAACGAGACAAAAGACAAGGUUUGGGACGUCGUUUCGUUCAUUCAUCGGCUACGCUGGGCUUGAAGUGGUUAGCGAUGAAGGUAGCCCCUCACACUGUAAUCAAGCUAUUAAUAACACCAACAGCUGCGAGUAUGCUAGUCAAGAGAUCCACAGAGGAUUAAUAAUGGAUGACUUGCCCUCUUAUGGUUCGUUAUCAGUGAGUGAUAUGCAGCUAUCUAAUGAUCAACAGACUCCAUUGAUCUGUCAUUGUCAGUGUAACAAAAGCAGCGUCAGCACAUUCUUGUCAUUCUUCAUGAUGGUUCUUGGUAUUAUACUCGUGCCAGUUUUAAAAGAGGAAACUACACCAACUAGAAAUGUUAGAGUCGUCUGUCAAGUCAUCAGAGCAGCUGGAUUGUUUGGCUUUACAGGUGGUGUUACAAACUGGAUUGCUGUGAAAUUAAUCUUUUCAAGAAUUCCACGAUUAUUUUGCAGUGGUGCACUAUUCAAGUACUUUGUAACUGUGAGAGAAGUUGUAGCUGACUUCAUCAUAGAAGCUUUCUUUUCUUCUUCACAAGUUAAGAGAUAUAUGCAGAACAAAAUAUUUUGUUUACUGGAUUCAGAAAACUUUGAUCAAAGUCUACUUAAUAUCUUAAAUUCAGAAAAAAUAACAAGUAUCGUAGAGAAGAAAUUAAACUUGUUGAUGGCCUCGCCCGAAGGUCUUAUGUUACAAUCAUUGGGAGUGACCAAGUUAAGACUCAGGCCUGUGAUAAUGAGUUAUAUCACUGACAUGCGCAGUUACACCAGUCCCUUGCUUAUUGCUUCACUUCAGUCAUCAGAGCUCAGUGACACAGAGAAAAUUAGAGGGCAGAUUAUUGAUGUUAUUGCCACAAGAACUCAACAGAUAUCGCCACAACAAGUACAGCAGAUAAUCACCGAGGCUUUGUACAAGUACCUCUCUUCUCUUGUGGUUUGGGGGAAUCUUUUUGGUGCAAUAGUGGGCUGUAUUAUCGAGGUUGCUUCAAUAUAUACCCGGGGAUUACCACGUUAGUAAUUUUCAGUUAUCUAAUGCGUUUACCACUCCUGGGUGGACGGCUUAAUGUCUUACAGGUUUUGCAACCCAAUUGAUAAGGCAGCCGAUAGAUCGAAUUAGACUUUAGAAAUCGAUCUUUGUGAAGGGAGGAAAAACCGGAGAACCCGGAAAACCCUCGAAGCACAGGAGAGAACCAACAAACAACUAAAACUUAGAUACGACACCGAGUCCGCCAGGGCUGAGUUAUGUAGUGUUUCUCCGCACCUCUCAGGGUUCUGAGGAUUUCCCGCGUUAAUAUAACUCAGUAUAGCACAAGACGAGUUUUUUAUCCCUUUUGUAAAUCUUUUAUUGAAAAAAUUCAAAUGAAACAGAUUUUUUUAGCAAAAUGAAAAUUUAUUUGAAGGCGUUCAUGAUAUAUAACGCUUGUCCUGACACCAUAAUAUCAAAAACUUUCGCAAGAAACGGCUAACACAGGGUUCCCGAUUGAGCUGAUAUAACUAUUCGCCGCCUUCCAUGCAUCGGUUUACUGGUCACACACAAUCGAGGCUGUUUGAAAGGAUUAUUCACAUUUUUACCUUACAGCCGGUCUCGAUUGAAUGCUGUGUGUUUAACAAGUGAACCAAUGUAAAGAAGGUGGUGGACAAAGCUUUUUCACUCACGUGACAAGGCAGCCAUAUUGGUGCACUAAUAAAAACUUAUGCAUAGUUUUGGCAUAAAUAAAGUUCAGUUCCACGAGGAUAGAAAACGUAUUUUUUUGGUACACCAACAUGGCCACUGUGAUGUCAUAUCAUAUACACCUAUUUCAGAAUUCGUUGUCGCACCAAACGCCUCAAGCAACAAGCCAAGACUGCAGAGAAC